AAUAAAUCAUAGCAGAGUGUGAAACCACUUCACUCUUCAACAAUAUCAUCAAUGGGAGGGGGAGCCCUGCAUGUUGAUCAUCUUGUGCCUCAGUUCAGGAGUACCUUCAAUAAUUUGUCUUCUUCUUCUCCUCCUCCUUCCAACCUCAAGCCUUCAACUUCAAGUUCAACUGAUGACAGCAUGCUCUUUUCACCACACAACUCCUUAUCAUGUUGCAGUUGUCACAGUCAAUUUUGCAGGAAAAUGGAGCUGGUGGAUGGAAAAGAAGCAAAAACAUCAAGUGGUUGUCUCCCUGAUUCUGUGUUUGGAGUGGUUCCAUCUCAAUGGGAAGUUGAGGAUGCUGUAUCAGCUCUUCAAGAAUUUAUACAAGCAGUAGCAGUAUCAUCCUCAAGCACACAUGAGCAGUUCUCAGGCUCUUAUGACCCGAGGAUAGUGCACUCCCAAGGAUAUAGAAGACUUCAUGAUGCUCUUCAGUUGCUGCAAGCUGAUCCUGCUAUUAAGAGAUUAGUGAUUUCACUAUCAUCUGAUAACGCUGUUUGGGAUGCUGUCAUGAGCCAUGUGCUGCAUCAAAAGCUCCCGGAGUUACCUGAUUCAGGUAAAUAUAGAAGGCCUCAGAUUUCGGAACAAAAUGAGUUCGGCUUGUAUAUCUUAAAUUGGAUACGUGAUAUCAUAAAGGGAAAGAUUUUGGAGCUGAUAGAAAGUUUCAUGUCACUUUUGAGUGACUUAUUUCAAUCCCCUAAGGUAGAGAAUGCUACAGAAAAUGCAACAGAGUUGGAUGAAAAAGUUAGGUCAUCUUUGCUUUUAUCCAUAGUAAUCCUUCUGAUUGUAAUUAUGGCCAGAUUCCAAAGACUUUAGUCUAUGGAGUAUGGAUAUGGCAAGAGUAGUUCAUUGAGUCUAGAUUAUAAUAAUCUUGACAAUUCAUUCAUAUUCAAACUCACAAACUGUGACUCAUACUUGUAAAUUGUUUGUAUUAAAAAUGAAAAGUAAGAAAGUUACAUUUACUCUUUCAGUCAGAA